AUGAGUUCGUAUCAUUACUUUGGUAAUGAAGGAGAAAGUAUUCCCGAAGACGUAGAAGAAUUAGUCGUCCAUCCUCUUGUUCCACAGAUUUCCGAAAGGGCUUGUGAAUGUUUCCAAUGGCUGACACGCGUCAACUUCAGUGGAUCCGUUCUAUCCACAAUCGGAAAAGCUGCUUUUAAUGGAUGCGUGUGCUUGUUGGAAAUCGAAAUUCCUCGGUCCGUGACAACUGUUGGCACCGAGGCCUUUAUGACAUGCCAGUCAUUGACAACGGUUCGUUUUCAUCAAGAUGGUGGGUUGUUGACUACCAUUGGAAGCUGGGCUUUUGCCGAUUGUUCGUCAUUGGCCGAAGUCAGCAUCCCCUCGAGUGUGGAGACGAUUGGAUAG